AUGGUGGAGCGGAGGGGCCCGGGGAGGCCCCGCACCAACGGGGAGAAUGUAUUUACCGGGCAAUCAAAGAUCUAUACCUACAUGAGCCCGAACAAAUGCUCUGGAAUGCGUUCCCCCCUUCAGGAAGAGAACUCAGUUGCACAUCACGAAGUCAAAUGCCAGGGGAAGCCGUUAGCCGGAAUCUACAGGAAACGCGACGAGAAGAGAAACUCUGGGAAUGCAAUACGAAGCUCCAUGAAGGCUGAGGAACAGAAGAUCAAAGACGCCAGGAGAGGUCCCCUGGCCCCUUUUCCAAACCAAAAAUCUGAAGCAACAGAACCUCCCAAAACCCCGACCUCGUCUUGUGAUUCUCCCAAUGCAGCUGCUGCCAAGCAAGCCCUGAAAAAGCCCGUUAGGGCCAAACAGGCUCCCAGGAAAAAAGCUCAAGGAAAAACGCAGCAGAAUCGUAAGCUCACAGAUUUCUACCCUGUUCGAAGGAGCUCCAGGAAGAGCAAAGCUGAGCUGCAGUCUGAAGAAAGGAAAAGAAUAGACGAAUUGAUUGAAAGUGGGAAAGAAGAAGGAAUGAAGAUUGACCUCAUUGACGGCAAAGGCAGGGGCGUGAUCGCCACCAAGCAGUUCUCCCGGGGCGAGUUUGUGGUGGAAUACCACGGGGACCUCAUCGAGAUCACUGACGCCAAGAAGCGGGAGGCUCUGUACGCGCAAGACCCCUCCACGGGCUGCUACAUGUACUAUUUUCAGUAUCUGAGCAAAACCUACUGCGUGGAUGCAACCAGAGAGACAAAUCGCCUGGGAAGACUGAUCAAUCACAGUAAAUGUGGGAACUGCCAAACCAAACUGCACGACAUCGAUGGCGUGCCUCACCUCAUCCUCAUUGCCUCUCGCGACAUCGAGGCUGGGGAGGAGCUCCUGUACGACUAUGGGGACCGCAGCCGGGCUUCCAUCGAAGCCCACCCCUGGCUGAAGCAUUAACCCCACGGCCCUGCCCCUCCCCCCUCCCUUCUUCAAUGGACAAAGUGCCCUCAAAGGGAAUUGACUUUUUUUUUUUUUUUACACAUUUAAUCUUAGCAGAUUACUUCAGAUGUUUUUAAAAAAGUAUAUUAAGAUGCCUUUUCACUGUAGUAUUUAAAUAUCUGUUACAGGUUUCCAAGGUGGACUUGAACAGAUGGCCUUAUAUUACCAAAACUUUUAUAUUCUGGUUGUUUUUGUACCUUUUUUGCAUACAAGUCGAACGUUUGUGCUUCCCGUGCAUGCAGUCAAAGACUCAGCACAGGUUUUAGAGGAAAGAGUCGAACAUGAACUAGGAAGCUGCGCGACGCGCCUGCGUCCACCCGAGGAGCCGGGACUCCCUCCCCUCCUCAGCCCCGAUGUCCCAGUGCCAGGCGGGUGCGAGGAAGAGCUGCCUCCCCACGGCCUGGACGGGAUGUUCCCAAGCUCUUGUUUUCCUGACAUCUCGACAGGCGCACAUGGAAGUGUAUGAAUAUUUUUUAAAAAGGUUUCACAGUAAGAUAGUCUUCCCCUCUGCUUUCUCGAAAGCUUACUGACCCGGUGGCUCAUGGGCCGGGCCUAGAUUUACUCUUCCACGGGCUGCCGCUUUUCUGGGCACCUCGAAGCAUCAGGGCGGGGAAUCAAAGCAGACGUGGGCAGGAACAAGCACUGCUUACCUAGCCCUGCCGGGCAGGGGUUCCCGAAACUGGGUUAAUUUCUUUAUAGAAAUGUGAACACUGAGCUUAUUUUAAAAAAAAUAAU